AAGUUAAAUAUUGAUGCCGAAUGCUGCAAUCACAAAGACGCCCGAAUACAUUAAAUGCAAUAAGGAACCUUUGUGUCAAGCUCAACUUUAAAUACUUUGCCGCUUCUCAAUGUCUUCUCGCAUUAGGCUAUGCUACACUUGUAAGGCGUCUUUACGGUCCCGUUUGUACCAUUAUGUGCCACGUAGCUUUUCGAAUUUCACGAUACUUUAGCUCGUUUGAGUUGCCUUUUUCUAAUCGUAAAUAUGUCCGCAAUUGUUUGUAGUUGUUCUAUUACUAGCUGCAGCCCAUACGUUGAGCCAGAAUCGAUGGAUUAAUUCACUGUCGAAGUACCAAUGCACCAACGAACGUCACUGGCUCUAAACCAAUGAGGAACAGGUCCGGUUUUGAUGCGAUGAGCCAUCGCUCUGCAUCGUUUUUUCACCGGUUGGGGUAAACCCUUGCAGUCUGACGUUGGUUCAUUCCUUGAAUAAUUAAGGCAGCCCUACGACACGACCCAAUAGUCCCAGAGUGCGUACUGUCUUGUUUUUCCAACGACAGAAUGAACCGAGUGAAGAUCUUAGACGUCAUACAGUCUUGAAGAAGUUAUAGCCCCUGUGCUGUUAAAUGGUAGAUUGUAUCUAUCCAGUGUUAUUUUAGCCUUGCUACAGUCAGUGAGAGUGUGAGGAUGCUCCAGAGAGGUUCUGUCAAUAGCAGUGGAUGUUCUAUCUUCUGGCCCAGUGCUGGUCCUCUCCCCCUGGUCAGCUUGCCACGAAAUGCCCCUGAGACGAUGGGACAGGCUCUGUGUAUUUGCUCUCGAGGGACCAUUACCAUCGACAACAAGAAAUACUACUUCAUCCAGAAGCUAGAUGAGGGCGGCUUCAGCUACGUGGACCUGGUGGAGGGCGCACACGACGGGCGCUUCUACGCGCUCAAGCGCAUCCUGUGCCACGACCGCGAGGGCCGGCAAGAGGCGCAGACGGAGGUGGAGAUGCACCGCCUCUUCGACCACCCCAACGUCCUGCGCCUCACCGGGCAUGCCUUUGUGGAGCGCGCCGGCAAGACGGAGGCCUGGCUGCUGCUGCCCUACGUCAGCAAGGGAAGCCUGUGGUCAGCACUGGAGAAGUUGAGGGACAAGAGCAGUUCCAUGCCAGAGAGUCGCAUCAUCUACAUCCUGAGGGGGAUCUGUGACGGCCUCAAGGCCAUCCACGACCGAGGCUACGCACACAGAGACCUGAAGCCCACAAACGUUCUGCUGGACGAGAAUGACCGGCCGGUUCUAAUGGACCUGGGUUCCAUGAACAGGGCCCGCAUAGAGGUGCGGGGCUCCAGAGAGGCGAUGACCAUUCAGGACUGGGCAGCUCAGAGGUGCACCAUCUCGUACAGGGCGCCUGAGCUGUUUAAUGUGGAGAGCCAGUGUAUCAUCGACGAGCGCACGGACAUCUGGUCCUUAGGCUGUGUGCUGUACAGCAUGAUGAUGUUGGAGGGGCCGUAUGACAUGGUGUUCCAGAAAGGAGAUAGUGUGGCCCUCGCUGUUCAGAACCUUGUCACCAUUCCACAGCCUUGCAGCUACUCCCAGGGCCUGCAGGUCCUCCUGAGCUCCAUGAUGGUGCCUAACCCACAGGAGAGGCCUGACAUCAGCUGGGUCUUGGACCAGGUCCAGAACCUCCAGAACUCCACCCCAGCGCCAGCCGACGCCAACCGGGUAUGAUGGCCCCGAAGAGGGAGUAAGCUUGGAGCAACAUUGCAUCUCUCUCUCUCUCUUCUCUCUCUCUUUUUCUCUCUUUCUCUAUUUCUAUUUUCUCUCUCUCCUUCUAUUUGUUCCCUUUAUCGUUCUCUCUCACAUCGAUUCAUUUGGACUCUGGACUCUCUCUCUCUCUCUCUCUCUCUCUCUCACGGGACUAUGCACUCUCUUUGGGACAAACACGAUGUUCAUCCUCAACCAGGGAAGCCACCGGACACGGUGCUCAUGGUUACCUCAAGCUUACCUGGCAUACGAACGUGCAGAACACACACACACACACACACACACACACACACACACACACAGGCACAUCAUGCUGUUUUAUACAUUCACAGAUGAGCAGCGUACCAACCAACAUCUUCUUAAAGAAGCACUACUUGAUGCUGUGGGUAGUAAAUAAUGGAUUUUAGUGUAGGACUGAAGACAAGAAGCUGAAGGAUAAAUUAGUCAUUUAUUUAGCAUGUAGAUUGCAUUGGGACAUAUGAGCAUGCCUGGAAGUCACAGCACACAUCUGAGGAGAGGAUUUGACGAUAGAUUUCAUGUCCAACCCUUUAACUUCUCACUUUCUUUAAUCUUUAUUCUGCACUAGUUAAGCAAUGAACGGAGACCCUCACAAGCAUGUUGGGAUAAAAAAUAAUACAUCUAUAACUGUCACAGUGUUUCCCACAGAAUUGGAUCAAUUUGUGGCGGUAGCUG